GAGUGGAAAAUCAGUUCGCGAUGGAACUCUGAGCAAUGCGUUACAAUUCAGUCCUGCUGCGAAUCUUGUGACGUUUAGACGCUGAACGGUUAUCGCGCGUGUUUUUAGUAAGCAGACAACAGAAAUAAAAAUAAAACGCGCGCGCGCUGUGCGACACAAGAUAAACGAAAGCUAACGCGCUAAAUAUACAUACAUCGAAUAAAUAUACAGAUAUAUACAAAUAGUAGGCAUAUGUGCAUUGAGUGUGUGUUUGUGUGUGUAUAUGUGAUGGGAGCCACGUUCUGAACCGUGUGUUUCUGUGUUUCCUAAUUCAAAACUUGAGCCAAUUGUAAAACUUGUCGUGACAAAAUGAUGAUGAACGCAUUUAUAGAGCCCGCGCAGCAUCAUUUGGCCAGCUAUGGGCUGCGCAUGUCGCCGAAUACAACGGCCAGUGCUGUCAAUGCCAACAAUCAGCAGCUGGAAAUGCAACAGCAGCAGCAACAGCAACAACAGCAGCAGCAGCAACAACAGCAGCAACAGCAACAGCAGCAACAGCAACAACAGCAACAGCAGCAACAACAACAACUGGAAGGCGAUUCUACAUCGCUGGCGGCAGCGGCGGCUUAUCAGAACUCCGGCUAUGGACACUUCAAUAGCUAUGCCUCUCGAGACUUUCUGCUGGGCCGACGCGGCGAUGCUACGGACUAUGCCGGAGCAGCUGUGGCUGCCGCUGCCACAGCGCCGACUGCCGCUGGAGCGGACUCGAUGCUGUUUCCCAGUUUUCCGGCCCAGGCGGCCGCCGCUGAGCUGAGCAGCAGCUUUGGCCAGCAUCCAUUUCACAGCGCUGCCCACCAUCAUCAUCAGCAUCAGAUGCGCAUGGCGGACUAUGCGACGCAUCCGUACGCCCAGCAUCAUCAUCAUAGCAACUUUCCGUCGGCAGUGCAUGCGGCACAUCAUCAUGCCGCUGCCGCCCAUGCCCACGCCCACCAUCCGCACCAUGCGAUGUCGGCGAUGCAUCCGGCUGGGGCUGGUGCCUUCCUGCGCUAUAUGCGCCAUCAGCCGACAUCGGCGGCAUCCAGCGUCAAGCAGGAGAUGCAAUGCCUGUGGAUAGAUCCCGAUCCGCCGGGCAUGCAGUCGCAGGGUGCACAGGGCCGCAAAACCUGCAAUAAGAUCUUUCACUCCAUGCACGAGAUCGUGACGCAUCUGACCGUGGAGCAUGUGGGCGGGCCGGAGUGCACCACGCACGCCUGCUUCUGGAUUGGCUGCUCACGCAACGGCCGGCCCUUCAAGGCCAAAUACAAGCUGGUCAAUCACAUACGCGUCCACACCGGCGAGAAGCCCUUCGCCUGCCCCCAUCCCGGCUGCGGCAAGGUCUUUGCCCGCAGCGAGAACCUCAAGAUACACAAGCGCACCCACACGGGCGAGAAGCCGUUCAAGUGCGAGCACGAGGGCUGCGAUCGCCGUUUCGCCAACUCCUCGGACCGUAAGAAGCACUCGCAUGUGCAUACAUCGGACAAACCCUACAACUGUCGCAUCAAUGGCUGUGAUAAGUCCUAUACGCAUCCCUCCUCGCUGCGCAAGCACAUGAAGGUGCAUGGCAACAUUGACGAGAAGUCGCCGUCGCAUGGCUACGAUAGCGAAGGCGAGGAGAGCUCCAGCUCGAGCAUUGUAACGGGCGGGGCACAGACACCGCCCUCGACGCGUCUGGAUGGCAGUGCGGGCAGCAGCAGUGGCGUCAGCAGCUUGAGCGGCGGCAGCGGCAUUAAAUCCUCACCGCACUCUAUCAAAUCGGAGCCAAAUCCCUUGCACAGCGUGCAUCUGGGCGCCUCCAGCGCCGGCAGCAGCAGCACAGCCAGCAGCACUGCCUCCCACCUGUUGCAGCAGCAGCAGCAGCAACAACAACAACAGCAACAACAACAGCAGCAACAACAGCAGCAACAGCAACAACAACAGCAACAGCAGCAACAACUACUGCAUGCCGAGUCCAAAUCCUCGCCUGCGCUGCAGCUGAUGGCCUCCUCCGCGUAUCUGCCCCCACCACUGGGACCACCGCCCUCGCAUCAUCAUCAUCACCAUCAUCAUCAGGUGCCUGGAACAGCAGCGGCAGCUGGCUCACCGGGCGCCGCUGCAUCGGCAUCCAUGCUGGCUGUAACUGGACAUCACAAUCAUCAUUUGCUGUACCACCCGGCGGCGCAGCAUCAUCCGCCCAGCGACUGGUAUCACACGGCAGCGCCGGCGGCCAGUGCAGACGCGAUGAAUCCAUUGAAUCACUUCGGCCACCAUCAUCAUCAUCAUCAUCUGAUGCAUCCGGGCGCGGCGACAGCGUAUUGAGAUUGGGAGAACUGGUGGCCCGAGUCCGAACUGCCGCCCCAACAAGCGGCAGCCGGCGUGCCGCCAGAGGAGCCAACGCCAGCCCUCGACUGGAUAUGCUGUCAGCGCCUGCAGAAUUUGGCGCUCGUCGCGCAAUGUGAAAACCAAAUAUUUCUGAAAGUUGAAGAAAACACUUUAAACUUUUUACCUGAUAAUUGAAAAAUUGCUGUUAAAACAAAAUUAUACCUAUACAAAAAAUUUAUAUAUUAUAAUAAAUAUAUAUAUAAUAAAGUAUUUAAAUCUAAACUAAAUACGAAAUUCGUCAAUGAGUUGAGAGUACUUUAAAAAACCUAUGAUUAUUAUGUAUUUUAAAAUAAUAUACACAAAAGAAAAAUGAGAAUAAAAAGGAAGACCGCAAAAUUUGCCGAAAUUUUUUGCUAUUUAAAUGUUAGUCUUGUAGUUGCUUUUUGUUUUGAUGGUGCGAACAAUGGAAAUUCUUGUAAAUUAUGAAAUCUAACUACUAUAAAUGUAUAAAAUAACAUAAAUUUAUAUUAACGAUUAUAAAUUAACUUAAGCAUAUUGACUAUUUAAUUAUUAAGAUUAGCAAAUUUUUCAAGCUGCUUUUCAUCCUCGAACGAAAUACAAACCCAAGAAAUACAAAAAAAAUAAAUAAAAAUAGAAAACAUUCAAAAUCAGCUCCUCCAGCUUUCUAGUACAAAAAUGGAAAAAUUGCAAAUACACUGUAAAAAAAAAUUAAUUUAAAAGCUACACAUAUACGUACGUGCAUUUUUGGCCUUAGAUUUCCAAGCUUAAGAGUACACAAAAUAAAAUUUAAAAAGAAAAAAAAAAAAUCGACAC